AUGCCAGCUUCUUCUCCCCCCCAAAGCUCUGAGAGCUCGCUUCCCUGUUCAUCACUCUUUAUCACAGCUCUUAUAGGGCAGCUUGCCGCCUGUAGCCGAUCACAGGAGUUUCUCGAUGAUUCCUCUAAGGGGCUGGAUGCUGCAGAUGAUGAAGGAGGCUCGCCGGGGAACCCAUUAUCACAGCUGCCGGCAGAUGCCUUUGCAAAAGUGAAGCCUUUACUGUUGACAUUACACUGUCUAUUCCCAAACGAGCUGCUCCUAGCCCUUGAUAUCCUCGACAGAAAUUUGGUGACCAAAUAUACAAUUCGGCCCAAGGGACGCAGAGGAGAGGAUACGCACCGCGCUGAACAUGAGGAUGAUGGAAGCCAUAUAGAGGUUUAUUGUGGCGAUGACCCAAGGCAACAACAACAACACACGGUUGACGAGGAUGACUAUGAUGAUGGUUGUUCUGUCAGUGAAAUAUACUUUGUCUUAUCUUCGGCUUCAAAGCGGAAAGCUGGAGCAGAGGAAGAAACGCGCCUCCAACAUAGAGAGAUUGAAUAUCAAGUUUUCCUUGAUGCAUGGAACUGCACAUGUCCUGCAUUUACGCUUGCUACUUUUCGAGACAUUGACCAGGAUAUGAAUGAGCAACUGCUACAGACUCGGAAUCCUGCAAAUCUACCUACGGGAAAGGGAUCUGCUGAUGUCAAUUCAAAAGAGAAAAACUGGGUAUUUGGCGGGUGCUUGACCCAAAGGGCACCCUGUACGUCUUCUCCCACAGGCUGUUGCUUCAUGCAUGAUUCCCCGCCCAUCUGCAAGCAUCUAUUGGCGUGCGUGCUUGCCUCUCGAUGUCCGGGUUUAUUUGGAGGAAAGAUACGAAAGUGCGAGAUAGAUUCUCGAGAGUUUGCCGGGAAGCUCGUAAUGUGA